UCACCCUUACUUAGCACACACCUUUCCCCCUCGCCUCCUCCCCCUCCCUCUUCUUCAUCUUCUUCUCUCUAUUAUCCUUGUGUAAAGUCUUAUCUGCUCACUCUCCUCUUUAAUCCUUUCCUUCAUCCACCAUGCCUUCCGAUACCGAGCCCCAGGCAUCGUCUCAUAUGAUGAAGACCACAAAACGCGGGAGGCCCUUUCUUAAGGACACGUUGGAUCUCUUUGCAACGCUAAUCGUGUCGCUGCAACUCGGCCCGCACAAGCAAUUCUUCCGCACAUUCUCUAAUUCCUUUUCAACGGACGAAGCCGCGCAAAACCUCGCAUCGCUCAAAUUUUCUCAGUCUAAUCGUGGGCCGGAUCCCAGAGAACCUUCUCGAGUAGUGACGACAACGACUACAACCACCUUUUCCAUGACAAGGGAAAUGGCCAAGGCCAUGAGUCAACACUUCAUGGAUGCUCGCCUCAUCGAGAACGCCGCAGAUCCUUCCUCUAAUCUGUUCAAGGACAGGGGUAUCUACAUUCUCACCCCAAAGGGUCUUCACGUCUUGGAACGCUUCAUCAGCAAGAAUGGAAUCAAUGCUGAUCAUCUACAGGAUGUUUUCAUCACACAGCCCAUCUGCAUCAAGCUGCUCCAUCUAGAGCGACGGUCUGUUGAUGAUGAGAUCAUCGUCACCCAGUCCGUUAUAACGGCCCUCUUCCGUCGCUUCGUUGGUCGUCAACCAAACUAUACAUCACAGACAAGUCAACCACAGGAUGCUUUCCAACGUUAUAACGAAAGAGCCAAAGGUGUCUCGUUGAUGGAUGUUACCGAGCGUGCGCAGCCACUGUUGGGCAAAGGUCAACAGCAUCACAAGUACUGCUUUGCUGCAGUCACUGCUCUUGAGUGGCUCUGUGAUUUCACGUCUGUGGUUGGCCGAGAGGAAGCUGCUGAGAUGGCAGCGCAGUUUGUUCGCUUUGGGCUGAUUACACUGGUCAGCGAUAAGCGGAAGAACAACGAUUCCGCCAUCAUUUUCACCGUUCGCGGCUCAGCCCCUGGUGGAAACUCUCCAGUUAGCCAACACGGAGAGUUCCGUUGUACAGCCAAGGCCAUAUACAAGAUUACAGACGAAGGUCGGCGUGUAGCCAAUUGGGACAACACGAGAGGUGGAGUUCAAGACUCGCCAAACGCAUCGUCGGCCAAUCUGAAUAAUGAGCGCUCUUCUGUGGACAAGACCGCUGAAGGUGAGAAGAAGGGCCUUGAUGCCAAGAUACACAGACGGAUAUCUCUUGCAGAGAAGCUCAACGCCAACUACGAAGCAACGGAGAAGAGGAAUACGAAGGAGAGCAAUACAGAACGUCUACGGUACAUUCUUGAGGAGCCUAGUCUGCGGUCGCUAUUCCGCGAGUUCCUCCGAAACAACUUCUGUGAGGAGAACUUGUCGUUUUGGCUCGAUGUCCAGGACUUCAAGCGGAAGUUCAACAUCACUUCCAGUGCUGUUGCCGUCAAUCCACCACCUCGCGCUGGAACUCGGACAACCCCAGGCCAGGCCGCUAUGGAGCGUCACCACGAAUCAUUGAUUAACACCGCUUUCGUUAUCUACAACACCUACCUCGCACCCUCGAGCCAGUGCGAACUUAACAUCGACCAUGGGCUCCGUAAUGAGCUCGUGAAGUACUUGGAAGAUGUUGUCACCAACCUCAAUGGGAAGGCAUUCCAGGGUCGGGUGGAGCCUGAGCAGGCCAGCGCUUUCAAUGCCACGCAGCUGCAGACGAUGAUUCGGUUGUAUGAGAGGAUACAAGUCCAUGUUUUCAGGCUGAUGGCUACGGAUUCCGUACCUAAAUUUAUCAAGACUCCGAAGUUCCUCGCGAUGAGGAACUGGGUUGAGGAUUUCGACCCUACGGACGAUGAUGUACGGUUACUCGCAUCUGCUCCUUCUCAGCCCCCCGGCCUGAAUACGGAGGAAACUGGUGGUGCAUACAUCACUAUCUCUCAACAUGCUAGUGAGCGGGAGCAUCGUCAGCAGCAAGCACAACAAUCUACCCCUUCACUGCCGCAGUGAUCGUUGACCCGUGCUGCGUUUUUUUUUGAUUCAUCGCGAUUCACUUCCCUUGCAUGGUUCUAUCGGACGUCUGAUCAUGGUUUUCGCAAUCGCUCGUGUGGUAUUUUUGUACGGCAUCACGCAUUUCUUGAUCUUAUUCUCUGUUUCGACAUCAUCCUUAUGCGCAUCCUCCUUCUACACGCACUGGCUAGGCACGUCUACCCCGAGGGUUCUUUUUCUUUAUAUUCUUACCGCCUAAUGACUUGAUUUUUUCCCUAUGUUGAUAUUGCUUCAUGCCCCUCCCCCCAGUGCGUGAGUCUGCUAUGUCCCAUCCCUUCACUCGGUCUUGUGCUAUUUGUAUGAACUACUACAUUACAUCGCACUCUUUAAUAGAACUGUCACUGUCAUUUAACUUAAGCUAUUGUUGCAUUUAUAGGCAGUUUUUUUCCCCUUAGUUUAGCAAUAAAUUCGGAUAUUUUUCUGUAA